AAAAAAUGUCUCUUACUCAACGCUUUAUUUCUGACGCUUUCCGUGAUAUGCAACGUGCUAUGGCUUUGUUUGAUCAGCCAUUAUACAACACUGCUCGUCGCUCUGUAUUGUCAAGCCCUGGUGGUCUUACAAAUCAACUCCUUCGCUAUCCUGCUACGGAUAUGGUUGAACAUCCUGAUUCCUUCGAACUCAAGGCUGAACUUCCUGGUUUUGACAAAGAAAAGAUCAAGAUUGAAUUGGCCGACAGUCGCACAUUAGUCUUGAGUGGUGAAGUAAAAGAAGAACAUGCGACGGCCAGUCCUACUAAAGAACCAACUGAUAAACCACAAGAGGUUACUGACGCUACUACUACAGUAGAAGGUCAACAGUUGCAAACUACUACUAAUGAAAAAGCUGUUGCUAAACAAACGGAUUCUCCUCAAUGGUGGGUAAAGGAGCGAGUUCAAAGCUCAUUCUCCCGAGCAUUCUCCUUCCCAACUCCUAUCAAUCCAGAAAGCAUCAAGGCCUCUUUUGAUAACGGUGUUCUCAAUAUAGUUGUGCCCAAGACGACUGAAGACCAAGCCAAGCGUAUUAACAUUGAAUAAGCAAACCUUCUUUUGAAAUACCA